ACAGGGACAGAACGGGGCAGCGACGAGAAGGAACCGGCCGGCAAGCAGAGGGAUCGACGAGUACCCGGCGUACGUUUGUGUGGUGCGCGCUGUCCUCGAGAGAUAGUCUCCCAAGUGUCCGCUUCGAGAAACUUGUCCCUCGACGCUUGUUCGCCCGUAUACGAAGCGUUUUCUCGUUUUCGCUGACAGAAAGACCGGUUGCCGGGAUCCUUUUGUGAAAACUAGCCAGGAUGACGAUGGCAACGGAGACAGAGAACACCGGACCGGAGAGCAAGGAGAUUAAGGACGUGAAGGAGAUGAAAGAGGCGAUGAAGGACGAAACCCCGCCGGACAAUAAGCAAGAAGAGAAGGACGCGGCGAAGAAAGAGGAAAGUGGAAAAAAAGAGGAGUCCGCCGACGCCGCGGCGGCUACGCCAUCCUCGGCGCCGACCAAAGCCAUCAACGUGCACAAGACCAACUUCGAGAAGGACGUUGUUUAUCUGUAUCAGUUCUCUCGGACGCCACUUUUGCCCUCCAUCUCGCCGUAUUGUCUCAAAGUGGAGACAUGGUUACGGCUCAACGGCAUCAAGUACGAGAAUGUGGAUCAUAAGAUGAAAUUCCGCUCGAAGAAAGGUGCGUUGCCGUUUGUCGAAUUGAACGGCGAGGAGAUCGCGGACAGCACGAUCAUCCUGCGCGAACUGUGCCAGAAAUUCGGUAAGGACCUUGACGUGAGCCUCACGUCCGAGCAACGAAGCGUUUCCCACGCAAUGAUAUCGAUGAUCGAGAACCACCUCGUUUGGGUGGUCACGUUCUGGCGUACCAAGAAUUUGGAUCAGGUUCUGAAGGGUUACAAGGUGAAUCUGCAGCACGUGCUCGGCACACGCGUCCCCAACGGUAUCCUUAACUUCUUCUUCAAGCUCACGUUCGGCCGCAAGGGUGCAAAGAAAGUGAAGGCACAAGGAAUGGGUGUGCAUACGCCAGAAGAGGCGUACCAGUUCGGUUGCGCGGAUCUCAAAGUUCUGUCUGACGUGCUUGCCGACAAGCCCUUCUUCUUCGGAGAUGAACCGACUGCGUUGGACGUUGUGUCGUUCGCGCACCUAGCUCAGAUCCUGUACAUCGACAAGGACACGCAGUUCAGCCUUCGGGACUACAUGCAGGAAAACUGUCCGAAUCUGGUUGGACACUGCUCGCGUAUGAAGGAGCGAUGCUUCCCGGAUUGGGACGAGAUCUGCUCUACACUUGAAAUGAACACGCAUCUGCCGAAGCCGGAGAAGCCGGAGGAGAAGGAGGGCAAGGAGGACGCGAAGGAAUCGAAGGAGUCGAAAGAGGAAAAAGAGGGCGACAAGGAGAAGGCGGACAAGGAGGAGAAAGAGUUAGAGAAAGACAAGGAGGUCGAUGAGAACAAAGAAAAGGAGAAGGAAGGGAAAUAAGCUGUGUAGAGAGGACACGAAGCAAAAAGUAAAGCCGUUAAAAAAAGAGGGGAAGAGAAGAUAUAAAACUGAAGAAAAUCGAGGGUGUGAUCUGGUGAGAGAGACGAACAUAGAAGAGGUUGAAAUGGGGGAGAGAAGGGACAGGUGUAAGAUCGUGUGCGUGCUUAUGCGAAUGCGUUUGCAUGAAUGUUGCGUGAAUGUUGCGUGAGAGAAAGGGGUGUCGAGAGCAUCAAAAAUAAGGGUCGACGUGUGCGCGAAAGAGAAAGAUUCGAGUGCAAGAAAAAUGAUGGUAAACGGGGGAGGGGGUUACAGGUUUAGAGCUCUCUACUUAUACGUAUAGAUAUUAAUAGACUCAUAAUGUUAAAUACUUCGUUUAUAUACGUUCGUAACACGUUACGCCAUUUAUCAUCGACGAUAUCCCAGCACACCCGGAUCGAAUCGAGAUAUUACAAACUUCUAUUAUCGCAAUCCGACCCAGGGCCCUUUUUCUCCCCGCGAAACAUUAAUACGAUAAGGAAGACGUCGGAUAGAUCAAAGGGAAAUAAGAAUAAUUAAAUAGUAACGAAACGGGGCUAUCUCAUAAGUCAUUAGAUUUAUCGUAGGUUUGCAAUAUAUCGAAUGCAAUAACCUGACGCAUACAGGUGUCUGAGAAAUCUUCUCCGAUCGAACCAGUGGCCAAACCGAAACGCAUCGUACGUCCAUCGUGCGAAUAAAACGUGACGCGAAGAGCCAGUUUUUAAAUUCGCGUAGAACCGAGAGGUCACUUAUGGUUGCGAUGUGUACACGAUGAUACGAGAACGCCCCUGACACUGAUUCAGGGAGAAUGGCGUCUUGCGGUCGCUUCUUUUCACCAUUGGCUCUUACUGUGCAAAAUGAGUUAAGUACCUAGCGUUCCCAGCAACGUGCCCGUAUAUCACAUCGUGAUCUUCGUUUGAUCGUGCUAUUUAGUUACGCUUGUACUUCUAGAAAUGCAAUUUUUCAUUCCCCAUUUACAAUCAGAUUCUAAUCGAAUCGCCAUACAACACUCUCUUCUGAUGCGGUCAAGUACUCGAGCGAUUCUUGAUUAAUCGUUUUUCACGGAGAAAAUAGAUUAGCUGGAUAUUGAAUAUUCGAGCGUAUCAGGAAGAUGAGUGGUGUUUUUAAUCCGUGGUGUAUCGUGAACUUUGUAGACUACUAUUUUUGGAUUUCUUUGUACGAUUCACCCUUUGACCGAUUCGAAUCGGUCGACAACUUUUUAUAAUCCAUUGACAAUGUCGAUAUCGACGAACGAAGAAUCAUCUGCGAUUACGGAUUGACGAUAAAUGAUAUUUACGAUGAUUUGUAUAUUAUUAGGGAUAUAUUUGUAUUGUAUACACGCGGAUGCGAUCCGAGCGAACGGCGCUCGUCGGGGAUGGACGUUGGCGCCGUGUCGUCCUUGUUUCUUCUUUUUCUUUCGUCGAGAUAAACGAAGUGAAAUUCUAACGAAUAGAAAACAGGAAUUACGAAAGGAAACCUGGAAACGUCGACGAACAACGCGUCGAUCAUCUUCUCUCCGGAUUUCCUUUCGGCGCCUCGAGAGAGAAUAGCAGAUAAAAGAAAAAGAAAAACGAACGAAACGCUGUGCUGCCCCGUGUGUUAGUUCAACUUUAUUAAAUGACGUUUUUCUUCGGAUGUGUGAGAAAAAUUUUACAUAACGAAGUAAAAGCAUGAAAAAAAAACAAAAAUACGAAAAAGUGUCUUUCACGCAUCGAAAUGGAGAAAGAAACACAAUCAUACACAGUUACACGCAUACGUACACGAGAUACACGUUACACGCAACAAACAUUGCAUACACGUACAGAAAUUUUGAUGUACAAUGUUAUAUCGAACGGGAAUUGAAUGUUUCUUUUGUACGAGGCCGUCUUUAACAAAAAAGCAUCGGCCGGAAAAAUAAUUCCAGAAGACACAAAAUUAAUAUAAUUAAUAUUUAAGUAGCUUACUAUAAUUAACCGACGAUUACGAUUACAUAAAGAAUAAAAGGAGAAAAACAGAUAAGUAAAAAAAUUAGUGUGUGGAAGCUGUUUAUACCUUAGGACAACGCAUACGUUUACAUCCGUGGUUACAUUAUUAUUAUUAUUAAUUAAUUAAUGAAUUAUAGAUUAUUACGAGUACAGGUAAAAGUAAUAAAUAAUGAAAAUGAUUAGUGACGCGAAUGGAAAUGGAGAAUGAGAUGAUGGAGGAAGAGAGAAAGAGAUAGAGAGGAAGAGAGAAAUAAUAAGGACACUUGGACAUGACCACGAAACGUUGCAAGCACAGUAGGUAGGCACACAUCCAGUACAGUAAGAUUAUUAUAAGAAGAAUAUUAAUAAUAAUUAUAAUAUGACUGCUCGUUUUAUGCUCGGCGCUAUGCAUUUCAUUGUCAUUAUUAUAUCACCAUUUAUUAACGAUAUACAUACGAACAAAUAAAAUGUGUUUAUAAAUAUAAUGUGAUCUUUACGAAA